AUGGCCCUCAGUCCCAGCAGCUCUGGAUUGCCCAGCUACGGGAGCGGCUGUGGUAAGGAAGGAGCAGAGGGUGCUAAGAAUCUCUGGGCUAGGACAGGCUCCUUAAAGGAUGUGACCAUCUGUACAUAUAAUGUACGUUCCCUUUUAGGAGAGGAUAGGCUAUAUGAGCUGGAAAAAGAACUAGGCAACGUCAUAUGGGACAUAGUCGGAUUAUGUGAGGUUAGACGCCGUGGGGAACAUCUACAACAACUAAAAAGUGGAUAUUUGCUGUACACAAGGGGAAAGGAGGAAAGUAGCAUAGGAGGGGUGGGUUUCCUUAUUCACAAGACCAUAGCAUCCAAUGUAAUUAGCUACAAGAGCACUUCAGACAGAGUAUCCCAGAUUAUCCUAAAAAUCUCUAAGAAACAAACCAUGAAAAUCAUCCAAGUAUACCUUCCAACUUCUAGCCAUGCUGACGAAGAGGUUGAUAUGGUCUAUGAGGAAAUUGCUAAACUACUUGAUGAAGACAAAGCAAAUUUUACUAUAGUUAUGGGAGAUUUCAAUGCUAAAGUUGGCAAGGUCCAUGUUGAUGCACCAAUCAUUGCUCUAGAUGCAGAUGAGGACAUAACACCAGUAGGAGUAGAUGAGGUUGCUAAAGCCUUACAAGAAAUGAAGCGUGGUAAAGCACCAGGCAGUGAUGAGGUGCUGGUGGAUGUCCUUAAAGAUGGAGGCGAUGUCAUCCUAGAACAGCUGGCCAAGCUGUUUACACUCUGUUUAGGGUCAUGUAUUUUGGGACCAAGAAACCUGGAUGUAUCCACCAAUGCUGAUACGUAUCCAGAGUUGGCUCAAGCUAUGAUCAAAUCUAGAACUAUGCAUCUACAGGCUGCAAAGGAGUAUGCAGUACAGACUGGGGAAAAGGGAGCACGCUUCCCAUGGGAAAUGGCUUAUUACAGAUAUAACUUUUUUUUUCAUUUUGCAGGAUUUGAUGUGUGCCCCGCCCCGAAACCAGCUGAGUAUGAGAUACAUCUUAAUGGUGACAUUUCAUUUGCUGUGCAGCAGUAUCUUUAUGCAACCAAUGAUACUAAUUUCUUGACUAAUGACAAGGGAUAUGAGUUAGUCCAAGAAUUAGCCAACUAUUGGGCAGGUAGAGUCACCUAUGAUGACUACAAAGAGGCAUAUACAAUAUUAGAUGUGAUGCCCCCUGAUGAAGAUCAUGCACCUGUUGAUAACUCUGUCUAUACCAAUGCCGUGGCCCAGAUAGCCCUGCGUCUCCCGUACUAUGCAGCAUCUCUCCUUGACCAGAAGCUACCAGAUACCUGGUCUAAGAUUGCUGACAAUAUGCAUAUCAUGUAUGACCAGGAGAAUGAUUAUCAUCCAGAGUUUGAAGGAUAUGAAAGAGGUACUAUAGUCAAGCAAGCUGAUGUGAUUCUUCUGGGUUACCCCAUUAUGUAUGAAAUGGAUCAAUCCACGCGGGUCAAUGAUCUUAGGUAUUAUGAGACAUACACAGAGCACACAGGACCUGCCAUGACAUGGGGGAUGUUUGCUGUGGGGUGGCUCGAACUUGGAGACAAGCAGAGGGCAGAAGAUCUUUUCUCUGAAAGCUUCUUGAAUAUAAGAGAACCUUUCAAGAUUUGGACGGAGACCGCCCAGGGUACCGGGGCUGUUAACUUCAUAACAGGAAUGGGAGGGUUCCUGCAGGCAGUUCUUAUGGGAUAUGGUGGACUUCGUCUGCGUCAGGACGGCAUAACAAUGAAGAUUACUCUACCCCAAGACUGUCUUAAACUAAGCUUUACUGGUAUCAACUAUCUUGGUAACUCCCUAGAUAUCUCUGGUAACUCAACAGCAAUGAUCGUAGAGCUUACAGAGCGAUUAGAGGAUGCUGUGGACUUGGACUUGAAGGUUUCAAAUUAUACCUUCCUCAGAUUAUCAAUCGGAGAGCCGAUACUGGUCAGUGGUGCCUCUAUCAAGAUAAUGCCCCACAGGAGAUGAAAUCUUCUUCACCAAUAUCAAAAUUCAUUAUGAAAAAAGUUAAUAUGGAAAUACUGUGAUCGUCAUGUGCCAUGAAUAUACUACACUUCUUUACAACUUUAUAAACCCCUCAAAAAGUUCUGCAACUCAAUAUUGAGGGAUAUAUAUAUUUUUUUACUGAUGUAUAAAAGAUGAAACUGGUAUCAUUGAAAAGUUUAAUUAUCCUUCUUUACAAUGAUGUGCCAUCUACUGUGAUCAUGUAAUCAUGGAUUGUGCAGUUACCCUGAAUAUAGGGAAAAGUCAGAAGUGGAAUUUUGCAAAAUGCAAUGUUUUCUAACCAGUCUCCAUUUCUACAGAAUUUUGACCAUGCAGGCAGGUGACCGUGAAUGUUUUUCAUUCUAACCGCUUUUUCAUAAAAAAUCAGUAACAUUGAAAUUAACAUCUCAUCUUUUAUUUUUAAAUUCAACAUCCUAAAACUUUUUUGAAAUGACAAGGUUCAACAUUAUUCCAAACACAUUCAAUCGAUUGCACAAAUGAUAUGUGGAUUUUCAGGCAUCAAUGCAUCAACAUCAUUUAAACUCGGUCCAUCCUCGAAACGAUUGGAAAUUCACUAUUAAUAAUAAUAAUAAUAGGUCCAUUUAUAUA